UGAUGCCGAGUCGCCGAGAUUCCUCUGCACGCGCUUACCUAUGCGCAUCGUAUGACUCAUUGAAAUACGCCUGGAACUCGGAUCGGAUAUCAUCUGCAGGUUGCUGGAAGAUGCUUUGACAUCAUCGAGCGAUGACUAUGGCAGCAUCAUAUGAGCUGAUUCCUCGCAUAUUGACCUGCUUUUGGGAGAUGGGACUUUGACAUCGCUAUCUGCAUGGAAUCCAGUAUUGAUUUGGCUGGCCUCUUUGUUUGUUGAGCUUUGUUGAGCUUGAGCCUAGAGGGCAAUCCCCGCAAUAUGCCGGGCAUCAGAGCAGCAAGCAUUACCGUCUUGGACCAUCCGUGCUGCCAGCCUCAUGAGGACCCGCCCGCUACGGCCAUCCCCGAUAAGAUUCAUGCAUGUUUAGUGCAGUGCACAGAGCCGUGUGCACAAAUCCCGAGCCCCUUCGCUAGGGUCUACCUGUACGGAGUAAGUACAUCGAGGGCAGCUGACAGCCAACAAACUCAUUUCUGGAUGAUGUUAUUUAGCACCACCGGGCUCCAGAGUCAUGAAUGCAUAAGAGUGCGUUCAUUGCUGCCUACCAUCGUCCCCGAAGCACUGCCUCCCUCAACUGUGUGCUAUACAGUAGAUACCCUACUCGGGUGUAGGGUUCAAGUAUGCCAGGAUUCAGUCGAUUUCCAACCAUUACAAGUGGGACCGACCGACUUUCCCAUACACCAUCCCAUCAAGUCCCCGAUAGAUCCUUUUUUGGGGCUCUCAUCACGACGGGAAUCUUCUUUCCCCUUCAUGCGGACGGGGCGUAUUAUUAAUACAAGUCGAGUUUGACUGGAAAGGAAAGAUUUUUUUCCUCUUCCUUGAGAAUUCAGAUACAACCAAUGGGUAUCUUGUUGAGAAGGGGGAUUUUCUUUGCUGAUGGGGCUGAUCGAAGCUGGGUCUUUCCCGCCAUUAUCAUUAUCAGCACAUGGACGAUCUGGACAUCUAUGAUCUCUAGGAUAUUUGGUUUCUGAGCAUUUUUCUAUGCUUAAGAAUUGCAAGCCAGAAAUGAUCUGGC